AAAAGCGGCGGAAGUUACUGCUGGAGUGAUUUUUCUGAAAGCGUCUCACAAUGGCACUAGCAAACAUACUCCACGGCGAUUCUGUAAAAUUUCAAACUCCACAUGGACUAUGUUGGGAUUCACGUCCAAAUGACAUCGGCUUUGAGUCUGAGUUCGGAGAUGGUAACAGCUUCACCGUGCAAGCGUCUCUAAACAGCAGCUUUGAUGAUGGAGUAGAGAGGAAGAUAGAGUUUCUGCAUGGGACCACCACGUUAGCAUUCAAGUUCCAGCACGGUGUCAUCGUAGCUGUGGACUCCCGUGCGACGGCUGGCUCCUACAUCGCCUCCCAGACGGUGAAGAAGGUGAUUGAGAUCAACCCAUACCUGCUGGGCACCAUGGCCGGUGGAGCCGCCGACUGUAGCUUCUGGGAGCGUCUGCUGGCCAAGCAGUGCCGCGUCUACGAGCUGCGCAACAAGGAGCGCAUCUCUGUUGCGGCAGCCUCCAAGCUUCUCGCCAAUAUGGUGUACCAGUACAAAGGCAUGGGGCUCAGCAUGGGUACCAUGGUGGCCGGAUGGGACAAGACAGGACCAGGCUUGUACUAUGUCGACUCGGAGGGCAACCGCGUGUGCGGCGACCAGUUCGCCGUGGGUUCGGGUUCCAUGUACGCCUACGGCACCCUGGACAGCGGCCUGCGCAAGGACCUGAGCGUGCAGGACGCCUGCGAGCUGGCCCGCAGAGCAAUCUACCAGGCCACCUACCGAGACGCCUACAGCGGUGGCCAAGUCAACCUCUACCACGUCCACAGCGAAGGCUGGACCAGAGUCUCCCAGGACGAUGUCCUGAAGCUGCACCAGCAGUACGCGGCAGCCAAAGCGUAGAUCACUUAGACUUGGACUGACAAGGCGAGAGAUGGAGAAAGUAAUAACCCCCUUUUGAAAACAAACCACCAAUCUUUGUUAUUGCACCCCCUCAAGGCAUAGUUUUCAUUGAUUGGCUUCGCUUGUAUUCCGUGACCGCAUUGAUGGCUCUUUGUAUGAUAUGUGCUGAAGAUAUUUGGAAAUAAAAUACUUUUUUUUUGUUCAGA